UGCAUGUGCAACAAGAAUGGACAGUCAGGGAUGCUGCGCUGUCGUGUAAAAGUGUGUGGUGGGGGGAGGAGCACAAGCAGGAAGUCUCCCCCCACCUCCGGGCUCCACCCCCUGAAGGACCCCCGUGUGGCCCCAGCAGAGAGCCCGCAGCCAGAGGGAAUGGCCCCCGGGACCCCGAGGCCCCCCUCCCAGGGCUCAAUAACCCUCAAGGAUGUGGCCAUGGACUUCACCCAGGAGGAGUGGGGCCUGUUGGAUCAUUCUCAGAAAGAGCUGUACCUGGAGGUCAUGCUGGAGAAUGUGCAGAAUCUGUUCUCUGUGGGUAAGGACCAUUGCCUCUGUUAACCCUGAAUCUUUCAUUAAGGGAAUGUCUUAGAAUGAAUUUUGCACUUUUGUCAAUGAUAAAAAAAAAAAAAAAAGUGAAAGGGCUGAUCUCUGCCCUGGGUUCCCCUGCCUGCUUUUCAUUAAAAAAAAAAAAAAAGUCAAAUUAAUAAGAAUCCAAGUCAU